AUGUGAUUGGCAACCGCAGAUGUAGAAGUGCUGUGAGAUUGCGCGAAAAAUAAAGUAACCACCUUCUCUAUUUAAUUCGCCUUGGGCAAAAUCAAAUUCUGACAAAUGAUUUAAGCGAAGCCGCGAAUUUUAAACAUUAAAUUUGUGAUUAUUGUGGAAGUUCAACACCCGAAAUUUUAUUUAUUUUGUUGUUUUUAUAUUGCAAAUGGAGAAAAAUAUAGUCCAAUAUUUGUUGCGUGACAAUGUUGCGGUGAAUACUGGUCCAAAUGCAAGAGAAUUCUUCUCGGACCAAGCGGAAAUAGAAUUCAAUGAUGGAAAUUUACUCUGCUCGAUUUUCUACCAAGUUCGUUCAUUAUAUCAAGCGUCGCAGGAACGCUACUUUCAAAUCCAUUCGACACUUCAUGGAAAUCAGCAAUCAGGCAACAGACCGACUUCGGCAGAAAGACUAUACCAGGAGAUGAGUGCGUGGGAAAAAGAAAAUUUGAAAAGUAAUCGUCUUAUGCAGUUUGCCCUGGAAAGAAUUGGUAUUUCUAAUAAAAACACUGUUGCUGGUGAUAAGCCACAUAACGGUUCGUCAAAUUUUCUACAAAAUAUCAGUGACCCUUUAGAGGGCGUGCGUAAAAUCGAAGAAAUUUGCCAACAAUUGCCAAAAGAAUGGACAAUACUCCAACUUUGUAAAGGGCCGCGAACAGAAACUACAUAUUCAGUUUUUCCGCAGAUACAUGAGUUGGAUGCAAAUAUAUAUGUAACAAUACUGAGACACGCACGUAGUAAAAAAUAUCCUACUCCAAUUUGCCUACGCUUUAGUGGUCUUGAGCAAAAAGAGCUUUAUAAAAAAUAUGCCAACAUUGCAAAUCAAUUCAAGCAGUGCAUAAAUGUGGACCCCAAAGAAUACAUUACAAAAGAAGCUAAAAAAUCUUAUUGGGAUAUGUUGUUUGAAUUGGACCAGCACAUUGCGCAAGCAUUGCAAGAGCUCAAGAAUUUCUUUUUUCCUUGGAGUUUUCUGUUCUCCGGCCAACCUUACAUUAAGUCUCCCUGUGAAGCUGCCACACUGCUGACUAGGCAAAAGAACGCAUUUGCUAGUGUCGAUGACUUCUGUAAUGAAAACCGAUGGGAGUCACAAGAGCGUGUGUUGCUCUCGCUUACAGCUAUGAAUAUCGAUACACUAUCUGAACUAGAAAUUCAUGCAAUUUGUGCACUGCUCACUAGCAAUAGUCGCGAACAGAGUAAUGCUGCUAAAUUAUUACUCAAACUACAAAACGCGCCCGAAGAAAAUGUUGAAGGUGACACGAACGGCAACCCCAAGAUACUAUCAUUGCAUCACUAUCCGUGCAUUUUAAUAGUGGAUGAGCGCCUUGAUCAUUUCUUUUGGGAGGAAUUGAACGUUCAGCAAGAAUUUUGUCGUGUUAAUUCUCUACAAUGUCUCUGGCGUCUGCAUAGCCUCUACUGUGAACACAUACAGAGUGGGUAUCUGCUUGUCAACAUAACCGACGGCGGAUGCCUAGUAAAUCCUGAUAAUAAUUUACCCAAGACCGAGAUGCGCAUGCGUUGCUUUUUCGAAUAUUGGUUACCAAAUUGGCUGAAAAAAAUUGGUCAAAAGCCGACACAGGAUGAAUUACUGAAGGACUUCUUUAAACGCAGUUGUUAUGUGUAUGCUGGCCACGGUUCCGGCUUACAAUACAUCAAUGGCAAGCAUAUUGCGCGGCAGCAAAUGAAUUGUGUGGUCUUCCUUUUUGGCUGUGAAUCGUCACGUUUACGUUCAAAUGGGUUGUACAGCGAAUUAGUUGGUUCGCAUUUGUACUACCACGCUGCCAAUUGUCCAACACUGGUAGGCACAUUGAUGCCUGGGCUGGAUGCCAACAUGGAUGGUGUCGCCACGGAAAUUCUUAGCCGCUGGAUAGCGCCCAAUUCAAAGGAUGUGUUGCCCUGGCAGUGUAUCGAUCGCAUAAGCUGGCUGAAGGAGGGUAUUGUAAAAACUACAAAAUGUGAGCUACCAACAGUAGCCAACUCUCCGCAAUGUCAAAUAGGCAGCUUGUGUUCGGUGGUAGCGCGCAUUCAUCAGCGUCGUACGGAACAAAAAUACUACAAUACCGUGCCAUACGUUUGCCGUGGACUGCCAGUUUGGAAUUGUGACGUUCAACCCUUUCCCAGCAAGUGAACUUAGUAUGUAACAAUGUAUAAUAUUUAAGUUUGCAUUAAAUCCAAAGUAAAGUCGUUGCAAUUGUCGAAUAUAAUAUGUACGUAUUAGUCCUUUAAGUCCAAAUUAUGAAGCCUCACGCAAUAAUAUGCAAUAUUUGAACACUUUUAAA